GCUGCAGAAGUGAAGACAAAAAGGCAGAAGACUUUGGGUAGCUUUUGGGAUGUGAAGGCCCAGCCUCCUGUGCCGCUGUUGCAGAGAGCACUGGAGACCAGCAGCAAGGCUGCAAACAGAAGAGUGUCUCAGAAGCUGCAGGAGUGCAGGCAGAAAGGUGAAACCUUGGUGGUGUUGACUGAAGAAGAACUUGCGCUUGCUGUAGAAGAGAAGGCGAAGCUGCGAGGAACUCCAGGUAGGCCUGCCACUUUGCCAGCGCUGCAGCAGCAGCAGCAGCAGCAAGGCAGUCUCGUUGUAGGUUUGCAGAAAAAGCGGCCUGGUGCUGCGGGAGCUCGGGUGGAGGAAACUGCUGCGACCAAAGCAGCCAUGGCCAAGGAGCUGGCCGACAUGGCUGCAGCCUGUGCUUCCCCGCAAGAACUGCAGCGAGAAGCAGUGAAGGCCUUCAAAAAGCCUUGGGCAAGUUUGAAGAAAGUUCUGGCUGGACGUUCAGUUUGGGAGACACGAGUGAAGGAACUGCAGCUAGGCCAACAACUGAGCACAAGAAAGAGAGGAGUGAAUCAGUUUUCGAAGAGAGGCAACAUGAAGCGCAGCCCCUGUACCUCCUGCCCACUCUGA